CUAUAAUACAAAGCGAUGAUGCAAAGGAAGGGAAUCGAAAGUUUAAGUCUAAUUUCUUUUGUUGUUUGUUCUUGUUCUAAAUAAUAACAGGUCUAUUUUCCGAGGUCUCAAAGCUUCAACUUAAUAAAAGCAAGCAAUUUCUUCCUAGUUCCUAUCUUCAUCUUGGUCCGAUUAGGUAGCCUUCAAUGUGUUGAGUGGAUGAGGUUGACUGACAUGCUUCCAACAGGGCAGUAGCCUUGAGUUCGAAACAUGGAACUGCCAUUUCUUGGGUUGUUUAUCUUUGGUCCUCUAUAGCAUUAUACAACAAUUUUGUUUUGAAAUUGAUCCAGGUGAUAAUGCUAAUACAAAGUUCCCUUCUAAGUUCAGUUGAGGCUGGUUCAUGUUAUGUAACUGAUGAUGGAAAAGAUAUUCUUUGUGACCGGAUGCCUAGUGGUCAAACUUGGCAGGCAUACAUGAAAUGCAGCAACUACCCUCUUAACUGGUGUGGAAAAGCUGAACAAACGAAAGAGGAUAGAAGGAAUGCUGAUAAUCCCUGCAACUCGAACUGUCUAAGUGGCUUAGGUCAGCCAUCAACUGCUAGUAUCAUGACUGAUAAUACUGCACCUAACAUGGUAUACAGGAGAAAAAAGCUACGUAAGGGGUUAAAUGCUCCUCUUUCCAAUUGCCGGUCAGUCAUAAGUUCUUCUGUGCGUUUAUCAUCAGCUGAGGAUCGGCCAGGUAGUUUCCAAGUUAAAGACCAUUCUGAAAUGAUAAGAAAUCUUGUUGUUUCUUCUGUGCUGUUGGAUGGGGUAGUUAAAGAUAACAUUCAGAAAAGUUUAGGAAUUGACAGUGUAAAUGAUAGUUGCUCUUCUUCAAAAUCAAAUAUGGAACUUGUUUCAGAUUCAGUAGAAACUGAAAUUGAUGAACCUGGUGAAUGCUCCUCAUCCAGUGCAAUAGUUUUGGAUGUUACAAGGGAAGCAAAGAGAGAAAAAGAUUCUUGCAUGAAUAUUCUAAGAAGCUAUGGUCUUAGAGGAGAUUGUUUUGCAGAUAAUGCUGCCUCUUUGGAAACUGUUGUUACUGCUGGUAAUAUCUGCUGUUCCAGAUUGUGCAAAACAUGUGGUAGGUUGGACAGUUCAUUGAACAUGCUUCUAUGUGAUCAUUGCGAAGAUGCAUAUCAUCCAACUUGCUAUAACCCACGUUUUAAAAAAUUACCAACCGAUGAGUGGUUUUGCCAUUCAUGUCUUACAAAAAGUCACAAAAUUCUCAGAGAGACAAUAAUCAAAUCACCAGGUAUUCACAAUGAACUGGGUAAAUGUAGAACUGCUUCUGUUAAGGCAGAAUUGAAUCCCAUACUGUUGAUGCUGAGAGAAACUGAGCCAUAUACAACCAAGGUGCGGGUUGGUAAAGGUUUUCAAGCUGAAGUACUUGGUUGGUUAGGUCCUCAGGGAAGUGAUGAAGAUGAACUUCCUGAACCGUUGGAAAUAAAUCAUUCGGAGUUUUCAACACUGCAGGCAAGGAAUCGAAGAAAUCCAACUAGACUUGGUUCCAUAGGAAAUUGGCUUCAGUGUCAGGAGAUUAUAAAUAGAGACAAUGGGACUGUGUGUGGAAAAUGGCGCAGAGCUCCACUUUUUGAAGUUCAAGCUGAUGAUUGGGAGUGCUUCUGUGGUAUCCAUUGGGAUCCAUAUCAUGCUGAUUGUGCCGUACCCCAGGAGCUCGAAACAGAUCAAGUUCUAAAGCAGCUUAAGUAUAUAGAAAUGCUAAGGCCUCAACUUACUGCCAAACAGAGAAAAUCAGAUUGCAAUAGCAGUGGUGAUUGAAGAUGUACAGUAGUAUAUUGAUGAUAGCUUAUGCUUUUUGUCCUCAAGCAAUUGUAAAAUUUGGUUUACAAAUCCAUAUGGCCAUGCAUUCCAACCAAAACAAAUGUUCAGCCUUCUUUACCUACUGUGGACUACUAUCAAGUACUAACGUUGAUUGAUCACGCUGAAUGUGUUUACUAGCGUAGUAACCCGUGCAUGGGAAAAAAUAUGUUCAACUUAAAGAAAUGUUGUAUGAACAUAUUGGAAAGCAAUUGUUGGCCUUUAUUUUGUGUCAGGAUGUUUGCCAAUGAGAAUGAUCAUAUACAUUAAUUGUUUAAGAUAAUUCCAUUGUACGAUUAAGUA